CGUGAGCGCGCGUUCAUGGUUCAGUCAUAUGUGAGCGCGCCGCGUCACUCAGACAUCUUACAGAUGGAGUUUCUCAUCGGCAGCGUGUUUUCGUCUCCUGUUGGACAGCGGAUCCAGAAAGCCACCAGUUCUGCCCUGCAGUCGGAGGACUGGAGCCUCAACCUGGAGAUCUGUGACAUCAUCAACGAGACCGAUGACGGACCCAAAGAUGCAGCGAAAGCUUUAAAGAAGAGGAUUGUGGGUAAUAAGAACUUCAGGGAGGUGAUGCUGGCUCUGACUGUUCUUGAGACGUGUGUGAAGAACUGCGGCCAGCGUUUCCAUGUGCACGUCUGCUCUAGAGAGUUUGUGGAGGGCGUCCUGGUCAGAGCGAUACUGCCCAAAAACAACCCACCCAUGAUCCUUCACGACCGAGUCCUGAGCCUCAUCCAGGCGUGGGCCGAUGCCUUCCGGAACAUUCCAGCUCUGUCUGGAGUGGUGAGCGUAUAUGAGGAUUUGAGGCGGAGAGGCCUGGAGUUUCCAAUGACGGAUCUAGACGCCCUCUCUCCCAUCCACACACCCAACCGGAGUAUUCCAGAAAACGGGAUGUCUUCCUCAUCGGUGUCCCCACCUGCUUCUAGGACACGCACUAACUCGGCACCAGUGGCACACACUCCUCAAUGUGUCCCAUCGAACGGACAACUGACCCCCGUUUCACCUGAGAAGAAGCAGAAGCUGAGAUCUGAACUGGAUCUGGUCAAAGGAAAUCUGACCGUCAUGACUGAGAUGUUGAAUAACGUCAAACCUGGAGAAACUUCAGCAUCGGACACAGAACUGCUGCAGCAGCUGUAUUCGGUGUGUAAGCAGAUGCAGCAGAGGGUUGUAGAGUUGAUUCCUAAUCUAUCAGAGGACGAGAUGAUCGGAGAACUUCUGCUCAUCAAUGACGAUCUCAACAAUGCUUUCAUCCGCUAUGAGAGGUUUGACAGGUUGAACAUGCAGAAAUCGAACGCAGAAGAACAGCAGGAGUCACAGACUGAGAACGGAAACCUUAUUGACCUCAGCCCUGAGUCUCCAUUAACCAAUCAGAACACUCUCCCAGCUGUCAAUCAACACGAGCCCCACCCCCCAUCUGACCUCACACACAGUUCAGCGCCUGAAGAUGAAGAGUUUGACAUGUUUGCUCAGACGAGGAGCAGCUCUCUGGCCGAACAGAGGAAGAGUGUGCGGUACGAGGACCCCGGAGCAGUGGAGGGUCUGGCUGAAGCUCUGGACACGCGGCUGCAGGUCACGGCAGGGGGCGGCGAGAGCGACUGGGUGCGUCAGUCUCAGUGGAUUUACAGUGAGGGUCUGGCUCCGGCUCCACGCAGCUCCGCCAUGGACGACAUCGAGAAGUGGUUGUCUGCAGAGAUGCCUGACAUUGAUGACAGUGAGGGUGUGACCAGUGAAGAGUUUGAUAAGUUUUUAGCAGGCAGAGCUAAAGCUGCAGAUCAUCUUCCCUCGAUGAAUAACAGCUCGUCCGCCAGCGUCAGUCUCCCAAGCCCUCGACAGCCGACGCAGGAGCAAAACCACGAGCAGAUCUUCAUGCUCUGAGAGCCUCCGCAUGCAACACAUCACACAGGAAGUGCCGCCACAGUAACGACUCACUUCCUGUGCUCGUAUCCUCAUUGAGGAAGACUCCCACAGCAGAUCCUCAUCUUCAUUUCACUCUAGUUUUGUUUCUAAUACUGAAUUUGGCCUUUAAUGUGUGUGUUAACCUUUUGACUACUCUAUACAACAACCAAUAAGCUGUUGUUGCAUUUGUAAGUUAAUUUUUAUUAACGUGCAUUUUCACUGAUUGUAAAAAGCAUUAAUUUAUGUUGUAAAUUAACCAUGAUGAUAGGAAGGACUUCUGUCUUACUUCUGACUGAAUGUCAUCAUAAUAAAUAGACACUAUAAUAUUCA